AUGAUGGAGCAGGCCAAUAGAGUAACCAUCGCAUCUAAUCAAGCUCUCUAUGCAGCCUUACUUGAAGACGAAUCAAGCUACGAUGCUUUUAAAUAUGACCUAGUACAAGUCGAUCUAUCUAGAUCCCGACCCGACAUUUUCGUGACAAAUGAGCAGCUUCAAGCACCAGGGCCCCGCGCCGAGGUUGAGCCAGUUGAGGAUCCUCUCGACCCUCCACAACUCGCAUCUCCCGGAAACCCCGCUGCCGCCUGCAACGGAAAAUGCAAAGGAGAUCUAAACGGUCCACACAUCUGUCAACGUCUCGGAAGAAGGCUUCAAAUCACUUGCCUAAACGGCAACUGUGCAGACAUCUCUGCCUUCACUAAUAAGAACGACUUCAACCGCCACUGUAGGACAAAGCAUGGCCUCAAAACGUCACUGGUCGAUUGUGAAAUCGCGGGGUGUAAACGGGUUGGUGAAGAAGGGUUUUCCCGUAGGGACAAUAUGUUGCAGCAUCUGAGAAGGGCGCACGGACAGGUGGUCCCUGUUAUCGAGUACAGAUUUGGCAUCUGA